AUUAAUGAGCUAAAAAGCUUGGUCAGUCAACACCUUCACUUUAAAAACACCUAUUGAACUUCGCAUUGCUUUCUCCUCCUACUAAUCAUAAGAUCCAAAAACAGAGCAAAAACGAAAACAAACCAAAAACGACCAAUAUCUCAUCUCAUCCGAAAACAUGGAGAAGAUCGAGCACACAACGGUCCCCACAAACGGCAUAAACAUGCACGUGGCAUCAAUCGGGAGCACCACUGCUCCGGCAAUUAUAUUCCUCCACGGCUUCCCCGAGCUCUGGUACUCCUGGCGGCACCAGAUGAUCUCCCUUUCCUCCCUCGGCUACCGCUGCAUCGCUCCCGACCUCCGCGGCUAUGGCGAGACCGACGCGCCGCCGUCGCCGGAGUCGUACACGGUGUUCCACAUAGUCGGCGACUUGGUGGGCCUGCUGGACCAUCUGGGUCUCGACCAGAUCUUCGUUGUGGGCCACGACUGGGGAGCGGUGAUCGCCUGGUACUUGUGCCUCUUCAGGCCCGAUAGAGUCAAAGCUUUGGUCAACAUGAGCGUCGCCUUCAGUCCAAGGCACCCAACCAGAAAGCCUAUCGAAGGCUUCAGAGCUUUGCUUGGCAACGAUUACUAUAUUUGCAGGUUCCAGCAACUUUCUGCAUAUGAUGAGUCAAGGGCCUUUUUCCAUGUCACCGGUGGUUCCA